AAGUCCUGUCUGUGUCAACAUUGUUUCUCCUUGCCUUGCAGAAAUGUGGUAUGGAGUGUUCCUGUGGGCACUCAUGUCCUCUCUCGCUUUCCACAUCCCUGCGGGAUUACUAGCGCUCUUCACCCUCAGACAUCACAAAUAUGGUAGGUUCAUGUCUGUAAGCAUCCUGCUGAUGGGCAUCGUGGGACCAAUUACUGCUGGCACCUUAACAAGUGCGGCUAUUGCUGGGGUGUACCGAGCGGCCGGAAAACAAAUGAUCCCCUUCGAAGUGCUCACGCUCGGCGUGGGGCAGACGUUCUGCGUGAUGGUGAUUUCCUUCUCACGGAUUUUAGCAACUCUCUAGCAUUCCGAUGGAGACCUGAGCCUGAAGAUCAAGUGGGGUGGGAAGAGGAUUUCAGCUGCGUGGCCGGAGUGAGUCCCUGAAUGUGGCAAUUUCUCAAUCUCUGGGCGGAAAUGGCAUGAGACGAAGACCCUGGACUGACUCGGAAGGUGCUAUGUCUCCAGUUUUCCAAAGGCCUGUUUCUGCUGCCAGUGUAGUAGCAGACUGUCUUACGCUAGGGAAGGAAGGUAAUCCUCGCAAAUCUAAUCAGAGGGGUUGUGUGCUCAGGCGAGGUUCCGUAACUCUCUUGGUGUCUGUAGAGUACAAAAGCAGGGCAAAGAUUGGCUAGAUUUUUCUUGUAGCUUGUAUAUACUUCCCUGAGAAAAUAAGGGGUUAAUUCUUCCACAGGCAAUAUUGCAAGCGUUAAUAUUCAAAUCAGAAGAAGCUGCUUGAUCAGUCUUUAAUCUGUUGUAGACUUAGCUGAAAUUGAAGCUAAUCUGUUAACAUUGAUUUGGUUACGUUUUGGUAACAUUAAGUGCCAAGGUUUUCUGGGUGGGGGGAGGGUUAGUAGUGUUCAGUGUGACUGGAAACCGUGAGCUGUUGUAGCACCAGAAAGAAUUGUGGUUCUGCUGUAGGGAAGUCACUACUGAACAACGUGGCAGGAGUUAAUGCUUUGACCGCUCGCUGCUUUGUCCUGGGAUGAACCUUUUCGAUCCUUUUGAAAGAGGUGAAAUGCAGUUUUUAGGUGAGUUUGUAGGUGGCCUUUCUGGCCCCUGUCUUGGUGGGGGGAGCAAAAAGAAAUCCCGUUUCAGACUCUCGGUGCCAGCUUGCGUUCACGUUCCCCACAGAAGCCGGAGAAUGAUUUUAUUCUACGAGGUCUCUCUUGAUAACAUUCCCUUAUGGUGAAACUGACCAGCCCCCGUCUCUUCUGUGAAGGGGGCAAGUGGGGAUGAGUGACCCCUGCCCCGGAAGCAAGUAUUGGAAAUCGUGUGUAUCGCUCUUGCUCUCCCAUGGAGCCUGACUUGGAUUAAGCUGCCGUUAGUUCUCCCUUUAAGCACUUGGAGACUUAACGUGUUUACAGGGGCCUGAUGGUCAUUAAAGUCUUAACUCAACGUUGUAAUAAUCAGAGGGCCGGAGACUGAGAAUCCUGCAUCCGGCUUCCGUGACUGCGCAGUGGCAGCCACAGCAUGUGCCCUACCCGGCUGCUUGCACCAGCAAGGAGAAACAGGGCAUGUCCUCCACGCUCAGUACCUGGAACUAACCAGGUGCCCUCCCCUCGGUGAUUCUAGCACUGCCAGCAAACCUGAUCUCUUCUGUCCAGUUUCCAAGAAAAGGACCGUAAAUGCCUUUUGCGCUCUGCCCUAUUGACGGAAGCGCUUGUCGAGCCAUGUGCUUCGUGUGGGGCUGGAGUUGUCCCUGGUUCUCUAGAGAUCUAGACAUUCCUACAAGGUUCAUCGCCACCUGCCACUUCCCUGCAGUUUGGCAACAUAUUUGCACUCUGGAUCGAUGAAUGGCGUCGCUAGGCUUACUACGAGGGAAUCCUCGGGCGUGUCCUGUAGCAAAGCAUCCUCUCCUCGGCCGACGCUUUUAAAAGGAAUUGGGUUUUACUGAACUUGGUUUUAAUUCUUUUACUAACAAAGCAGGCAAGCCAGAUUGGCUUUUACUUCUAAAUUCCCGCUGCCUUUUACGAUGACACCCUUUACUUCCUCUGGCCUAAAGCUGUCUAGGGUAAAUGGCCAGCAGAGAGAGAGUGCACUUCUGGCAACAGAAAGAAUAUGGCGCCGCACAACUUACAGCGUCUCCUGUUGCCCUGCGACAGGUCCCUGGAGAGGCAAUCCAUCGGGAUGAGUCCUUCCUAGAAUCUGUCUAAACUAGACCCUUCGGCAUUCAUCCAAAAACACAAGCGGUGGGGUAAUCUGAGAGCCUUCCGUGUGACUGCCUCGUUGGGAGAUCGCCGACCCCCAAGCUGUACGCAGCUGCUCUUGUGACACUCUGAACGCCCAGUGGCUUGCACCGAACCCUGGAACCAACGUCUAACUGUACCCUGCAUGUUCCAUUGCUGCUCACCAGCAGGGGCAGCCUUGUGCUGUGCCUAGGACUGAAUUGCCGUGGUGAGCAUGUGAGGAAGAGCUAGAACAAGCCAAAGGAUAAAAUCGCUUAGAGCAGCAGCAGACCUAGGACUCGAUCUGUUUUCUACGCAUCUAAUUUCCUUCAAGCGAGUGACUGUGCAUCUUCAGUGUGCAUUGAGCUGUGAUCGGUAGCGUUUAUCUGACUGUGCGCAGGCCCCGGGAUGUUUUCAGGGAGCAGCCUUGUAACAGUGACCAGCCAGGCACUAAUCUGUAGUGUUCUCGACUCUUAUUCUCCACCCUUUGGUGAGAUGCAAAAGGCUACAGCAGAAAGGUGGUUUUCUCUCCUCCCGCACAAGAAACCCAACCGAAAAGGAGCAACUGUGAGCCGAUGGAGCAAAUCUGUGAUUAAAAGCCAUGUCCGUCUUCCACCCCCACCAUCAAGCGUCCUUGCUUCGUCCCUUAAUGGCCUUUUAAACCUCAGGAACCCAGUAGAAGCAGCAUGCAGUUCGGCGGCGGCGGGUGUGAGCGGCCCGAGCGUCACUGAAACGAAUGGGGCUGUGCUUGUUUACAGUUCCUGCGCGAGCAUCUGGCUGUCAGCCUGCGCAUAGAAAACAGGGGAAGAGGCUGAUCUAGAGGCCAGGCAGACCGUGCGAUAACCGUUCGUGCCAAGGAGAAAGUCGUUCUCGGUCACCAACGUUUUACCUACCCCGUGCAGCAGCGUCACGGCCCUUUGAUACAGCCUGGUGCCUCGUGGGCAAAAGGGCCACAAUGAGCAACAUGCUUGUCGAAAAAGGUGAAAGCCAAGGGGCUGUCAGCUGCCUGGCCAAGGUGCAUUUCACCCUCGGCCCGGGGGCCUCGGCAAAGGAUGGGGUGGAACAAAGAGGCUUUCUGCACUGGAAUCAUUUCACCCCCCCAGCAGAGAAUUGUGGCUCUGCUGGGUGGGGCCGUGUGUGUGUCUGAAGGCCUUGCCUGCCGGCUUGAGCCAGAGCAGCCUCCCUCUGUAUCCCCCUCCCUGCUCCAGCCACUGUGAACAGAUCUGUGGGACGCAAAGGCAGCGUAAAGGCAAAUGCUGGUUUUCUACGGAUGCUUCUAAUGCUGCUAACGAAUAAACUCAAUGACCGUGA